AAAGACUAAUACUACUACUACCGCUACCACACAUACCUACGUAGCUCCUGAAUUCCCUCGACUCUCGUGACACCGCAUUCUUCCCUAACACCAGCAAUUCUCCCCAAAGUCAACACCGACACCGACAUUCCCUCACGCGACUCAGACUCCCCGGCGCUGAUAUACGUACAUACUUCAAGCCGACUCCUUUACUCCCAACAACCAAGCACCCAAGCACCCGAGCACUCAACCCUAUAAAGGGCCAGCAUAUAACAGCAGAUACCACAAUCGGCAGUGUACGAGAAGAAAAAAAAGUCCUGCCAUCCAGUAUCACCGCCAUGAGCACGCAGCACCAAUUAUAGGAACACAAGACUCGGUCUCGAGGGCCAUUGAGCUAACGAACGUUGGCUGAGGUAGUAGCAUAGGGUCCGACGUUGCUCAAGACAGGAGAACCAUACGAGGAUGGCACAUCAAUAUGACGAAGAUAUUUCGCCAAUGACGAGUAAUCCACGUUUUGAAUUGCCCAUUCAUGCAUCACAUCCAAAUGGCUCUGCCACUGCCCCUUUACGACAGUCUGGACUGCGAAUGGUAGCUGAUCCUGAUGGGGGUCAAAGGAAAAUUGAAGCAUCCCACCCUCUCUCUACGAUCCCGAACGGUAGCAGCUCAAGCAGACCCCCAAGCGAAGCCCAGGAUUAUCUGAAUGGUGGAAUACCACACGAAAAUGCAAGACCCAAAUCGUCCUCCGAAUUCAAACAGUCCGCCCUGAAGGCCCCUCAGCUUCCCUCCAAUGAUGGUGGUACUUUGACACCACCUGCGCGCAGGAGUGUCCAGUUUGCCAGGUCGGAUUAUGGCUCUGAAGGGCUGGGGAAUCAUAACAGGACUGGGUCGUGGGUAGGAGCAAUGGAAGAUGGAUCAGAAACACCAGGUCGGGACAAACGAGGACAGUCUUUAAUCUCCAAAUUGAAAGCACUCGCUACCACCGGAGGACUGCAAACACAUAGCAGGAACCAGAGCGUGGAAGAUACCACGCCAGCUGGUACCACUCCACUCUCUGCAGGUUUCUCUGAACGUACGCCUAAUAGGCUUCCACACACAUUACAUGAGGAGGGUGAAGGCAGUGAUGCAGAUGCAGAGGAGACUGCUGAUGAAGGAGAUACCAAUGAUGCAGCGAGAGGGAAGCGGAAACGACGCAUUCGGAGGCCCUAUCAGAGCCAGAGUGUCAGCCAAACUGCCCAAACUGCUCCAAACACCCCAAGGACGCGCGCAAUGGGACAAGCCGAAUCUCCGGGUGCUUCGAGUAGACCUUUCCCAUUGUUUGGUCGACGAGCAACGGAUGGGUCCUUGGAGCAUCGAGGCCAUCUUUCCGAGGGAGAAGGACGAGACAGACUCGGUGGUGGGCCCAGUGCCUGGCGCCGUGGGAGCUCCUGGAUACGUAGUAGUCAAUCCGGUUCUCAUAUCGCUGAUAUGGAUGGCACACCUUCGGGGCGAAGGCCGAGUAACUUUAGACGUGCAUUGUCAGGAAUGGGCGGCCAAAGUGACGGAGACACACCCGCACCCAGAAGACCUUUCCUACGAGCAGAGCGUGCGACAACAUUUGGUGCUCAGCGAUGGCGGAUAAUCAAGCAUUCAAUUAAGCUCCUUGGACAAAAGAAAGAGGAGCACAGGGUCGAUUAUCUCAAAUCCGCCGAGUUGAUGGCCGAGCUACGUGCUGGUGCUCCAGCAGCUCUUAUGCUUGCAAGUAUGAUUCAGCGAGACGAACACGGCAACAAGCGAAUACCGGUUCUCCUCGAGCAACUCAAAAUACGCCUCACGGAAAGCAAACCCAGUAUCGAUGACUCUCACGAGAAUGACCGACAUCUUGUUUUUAAAAUUGAACUAGAGUAUGGCAGUGGUCUGAACCGAAUGAAAUGGAACAUACAUCGAUCGCUUCGAGACUUUGCAGAAUUGCACAUGAAAUACAAAAUUCAAAGCCGUAGCGACAAGUACAUUCUUCAGAAAGGCGACUUGGGUGCCAGGCCUAAGCAACCGCGAUUUCCAAAGUCUGCAUUUCCUUACUUCAGAGGAGCUCGUGGAUAUGGAGAAUUUGGAGAAAGUGACAGCGACGAAGCUGAUCGAAUUCCAGGCGACGAAACCGCUGCGGAGGCAACUGCGGCAGAGGGGACUGCGGCAGAGGCAUCAAACAGCGAGCAGGAACGGACGACGAAGAAGAAGAAAAGACGUGCGUCUCUAGGAGGCGGUUUACGUCGAAAGACCAGUAUGCUUGUUGGAGGCGGCGACGGUGCUGCGGGAUCUGUCAUAGCCAGUGGUCAACAAAGUGCUCAAGCACGGUUAUAUAAUGAGAGACAGAGGCGCAAACUGGAGCAGUAUCUGCAAGAAAUGAUACGAUGGCUCAUCUUCCGAGCAGAUAGCAAUAGGUUGUGCAAAUUCUUGGAGUUAUCCGCCAUGGGAGUACGUCUUGCAGCAGAGGGUAGUUACCACGGAAAGGAAGGUUUCUUGACUAUCAUGAACGUGAAAGGCAUGGACUUCAAGCAUAUGCUGAUGACGAGAAGCUUUCGCAAUCCCCCAAAGUGGUUCCUCGUACGCCAUAGCUACGUUGUUUGCGUUGAGUCACCGGAGAAUAUGCAGAUUCAUGACGUAUUCCUAGUUGAUUCAAAAUUUGAGCUCCAAAAAAAACGACGUAAGAUUAAGGAGGGUGGUGGAAAAGAUCUAAUGGACGAACCAGAGAUGUCAGCAAAGCAUUCGCAACACCAUACUCUAAAGCUACAAAACUCGGAACGAAAGAUCAGACUUGGGGCAAAAUAUGAAAAGCACAUAAGGCAAUUCGAGGAAUCUUUGGAAUUCAUGCUAGAUAAUACACCUUGGGCAAAAGAAAAUCGCUUCGGGAGUUUCGCUCCUGUAAGAACCGGCGUUGCGGCACAAUGGCUUGUAGAUGGCAGGGAUUACAUGUGGAAUGUCUCCAGGGCUAUAAACAUGGCCAAAGAUGUCAUUUAUAUCCAUGAUUGGUGGUUAAGUCCUCAACUAUACAUGCGAAGACCGGCCGCAAUCAGUCAGAAAUGGCGUCUGGAUAGAUUGCUUCAACGUAAAGCCCGAGAGGGAAUCAAGGUUUUCAUCAUCAUUUACAGGAACGUCGAAGCAGCAAUUCCUAUCGAUUCUCAGUUCACCAAGAUCUCGAUGCUCGACUUGCAUCCUAAUAUUUUCGUCCAGAGAUCCCCUAAUCAAUACAAGAAGAACCAAUUUUUCUUUGCGCAUCAUGAAAAAUUAUGCAUUGUUGAUCAUACGAUUGCCUUUGUUGGUGGCAUAGAUUUAUGCUUUGGUCGUUGGGACACUCCCCAGCACUCUGUCGUGGAUGACAAGCCAACAGGAUUUGAGCAGUCUCAUCUGCCAAAAGACGCCGAUAAUUGCCAAUCGUGGCCCGGAAAAGACUACUCUAAUCCACGAGUUCAGGACUUUUACCAACUCGACGAACCCUACGCGGAAAUGUAUGAUCGAAGUAAAGUACCUCGUAUGCCUUGGCACGACAUCUCCAUGCAGGUCGUUGGCCAACCUGCGAGAGAUUUGACACGCCAUUUCAUUCAGAGAUGGAAUUACGUUCUUCGCGGCAGAACACCUACCAGGCCGACACCCUUCCUGCUUCCUCCUCCUGACUACGAGACUCUUGACCUCGAAGCUUUGGGCCUUAAUGGUACUUGUGAAGUCCAAAUCUUGCGGUCUGCUUCGGACUGGUCCCUCGGCUUGACCGAGACUGAACAUAGCAUAAUGACUGCUUAUUGCAAAAUGAUCGAGGAAUCAGAGCAUUUUGUCUACAUGGAAAACCAGUUCUUCAUCACCAGUUGUGAGACGAUGAACGUUAAAAUCGUCAACAAUAUUGGUGAUGCCAUUGUGGAGCGUGCAAUCAGAGCCGCCCAAAACAACGAGAGAUGGAAGUGUGUUAUUCUCAUUCCUCUUAUGCCUGGUUUUCAGAAUACUGUUGAUGAACCAGAGGGCACCAGCGUUCGACUCAUCAUGCAGUGCCAGUUCCGAAGUAUUUGCCGUGGAGAAGGUUCCAUAUUUGGUCGUCUGAGAAGCGUAGGCAUCGACCCAGAGGAUUAUGUGCAGUUCUACAGCCUUCGAACGUAUGGAAGAAUUGGUCCAAAGAAGACUCUUGUGACAGAACAACUGUAUAUUCACGCCAAAGUUAUCAUCGUAGACGACCGCAUUGCAUUGAUCGGUUCCGCCAACAUCAAUGAAAGAUCCAUGCUGGGUAACAGAGACUCGGAAACUGCUGCUGUAGUUAGGGAUACUGAUAUGAUCUCAUCAUACAUGGCCGGGAAGCCCUAUCUUGUUGGCCGAUUCGCCCACACAUUAAGAAUGCGCCUUAUGAGAGAGCAUCUCGGUCUCGAUGUUGACGAGAUUAUGGAAGAGGAGCGGAGGGAGGAGCUUGAUAGAGAAGAGGAAGUAGACUCGUAUGAGUCGAGGAUGAAUGAUAUUUACGACAGUGAUGACUCCGAUCUGGGCCCUGCCAAGCCUCGUAUGCCACGCCGCCGUGACCGCGAUUCACACAUUCUUGCGCCAGACAGAAUUCGAAGUUUCAAGCAUAGCCAUAGCCUGGAUGACGACGAUAGCCAUGGCCACCAUUCACAUAAUCCUAGAAUGACAAAUGGCAAGCAACCUCAGAUCAAUGAAGCACUAUCUGGCUUUGAUGGGAAUAGAGAUGGCUAUUCGGUUACUGGUGAGAGUUCUGAAAAUAGACGAGACCGCGAUACGGUCUUGGUUGAUGGUUACCGAGAAGUUCUCGUGACAGAUAUCUCUUCGGAUGGCAAAGGAACUCUCGAGCAUCCUAAAAAGCAACAUCUUCGAAGCUCUCCGCCUCGGGCGCCAUCCAGUGCAGGUGGAAAGGACACUGAUGACUUACCGCCGAUGCCUCGUCUACCAAGAAGAACUACUGAGCAAUUAGGACUCCCUCAAUUGUCACAGCUACCUGCUCUCCCAUCAAGUGACGAUACGGAUAUUGGAGGACCGCCAAUCCAUAUUGAUGCUUUUGGUAACGCAGGACCGCGCCCGUUUAAUCCGUUAACUGCAGACAUCAAACAGGCUCCGGUCGACAAGGAUUGCAUGCGUGAUCCUCUCAAUGACGAUUUCUUUGAGAAUACUUGGAGAUUGAUGGCAGAAAACAAUACCAAGAUUUACAGACGUGUCUUCAGGUGCAAUCCAGACACUGAAGUACAAAGUUGGCAUGAUUACACUGGGUACGUUGCUUAUGCUGAGAGGUUUGCUCAAGCUCAGAGCGGUUCCAAGAGCACAGAAAGAGAAGAGCAGGAGGCCCCUGGAAAAAGCGGACCCCCAGGUUCGAGCAUUCCUUUGGCUUCAGCCUCUGGGAUUGCGGCAGGGUUGAGCAACCUCAGCGAGAAAGUGAAGCCAAAUGGAGACGAGAGUCAUCCACCGGGAUCUGCUGCAGACUGGGCCGCGGACUCUCAGAAGAAGCAGAGAGAACGCAGUGGCACUGUUGGCUCUCGUGGUUUGAACCUUGAUGGCCAACCUGACGGCUUCAGUGAAAAGGAGGGUGUCCGAAGAACUUCAAUUGAUGCCUCAGAUCCGAAUGUCGGAAACGAAUCAUUUCCACCUUUUGAGACGACUCUCAGUCCUCCAGCCGAGAACGAGAAGCACGGAAGCACAAGAAAAACCACAUUCUCUUCCGCGCCUCCUCCAGAACGCCCUAGUUCGAAUCUUGGUUCCCAAUCCCAAGCGAACCAAGGUUCCGUCAAGAAACGUCGCCGUGGAACCACCAAAAGCACCCGAAGGGGCUUUUCGGCGAGCGAUGGCCUCUUGAGUAUGCCCGAUGUCGAGGAAUUGUUGAGUCUAAUUCAGGGCCACCUUGUUCUAUUCCCAUAUGAUUGGCUUGUCAAGGAAGAACUGAAUAGUAACUGGCUUUACCAAGUCGAUCAAGUUGCACCAUUGCAAAUCUAGUAAGUGGACCUGAAGUUUCCUCUUCUUGAGGUUAUCGCUAACGCUUCAACUAGUGACUAAACAUUGAACGGCGAAAUUUAAGCCCUUGUAUAUUUGUUGUUUUGAUUAUGGGACACAGAAUAAAAUGGAACUUGGAGCAUUGCACAGCUUUGGGGUUCGGGGCGUACGUUUUUUUGGCCACCAUAUCGACUUUUGAAUCCGCAUCACUCACGGCGCUUUGGCCUGUUUUUACUUCGUUUUGCUGGGGCGGACAAUUGUAUUCACACAUUAUUAGUUCUAUUGUAUACACUGAAAUGAUACAUAUUUA